GGGCGCAGCCACAACCUCAGCCGCCUCCGAGCGGUAGGAGGGAGCAGCGGCUUGCUGCGCUCAGAAAGGCCACUUUGCGGGGACCCGGCUCCUCUCGCCCCGGAGGAGACAGGCCUCCGCGCCCUCCGGGUACCCCUGGUCCAACCCUUUUGCCACGACAUGGAAGAAUUUUUGCAACGCGCCAAGUCUAAACUGAAUAGAAGCAAACGCUUGGAGAAGGUCCAUGUGGUUAUUGGACAUAAAUCGUGUGACUUGGAUUCCCUCAUUUCUGCCUUCACAUAUGCUUACUUUCUGGACAAGGUCAGCCCACCUGGGGUUCUCUGUCUGCCUGUGCUGAACAUACCAAGAACUGAAUUCAGCUACUUCACAGAGACGAGGUUUAUUUUAGAAGAGCUAAAUAUCUCCGAGUCAUUCCACAUAUUCCGAGAUGAAAUUAAUCUGCAUCAGCUACACAACGAAGGGAAGUUAUCUAUAACCCUUGUUAGCAGCAACGUGCUGUCAAGUGAGGACAAAACUUUGGAAUCAGCAGUUGUCAAAGUCAUUAACCCAACUGAGCACAGCGAUGCCGACUUUGAGUUCCGAGAGUCUUCCUCCUCUCUGGUGGUGAAAGAGAUUCUCCAGGAGGCUCCUGAGCUCAUCACUGAGCAACUGGCUCAUCUGCUCAGAGGUAGCAUCCUUUUCAAGUGGAUGGCCAUGGAAUCUAAGAAGAUCUCAGAAAAGCAGGAGGAAAUUCUUUCUACCCUGGAAGAAAAAUUUCCUAGCUUGCCUCCAAGAGAAGACAUCGUCAACAUCUUGCAGGAGACCCAGUUCAGCGCUCAGGGUUUAAGUAUUGAACAGACAAUGCUGAAGGAUCUCAAGGAACUUUCAGAUGGAGAAAUAAAAGUGGCCAUCAGUACUGUGAACAUGACCCUUGAGAACUGCACAUUUCACAGCAGUAUCACCAGUGAUUUGAAAGCAUUCACAGACAAGUUUGGUUUUGAUGUCCUCAUCGUCUUGGCCAGCUACUUGUCAGAGGACCAGCAGCCCAGACGACAGAUCGCUGUGUACUCCGAGAACCUCGAGCUGUGCAGCCAGAUUUGCUGUGAACUGGAAGAGUGCCAGAACCCUUGCCUUGAGCUGGAGCCCUUUGAAUGUGGCUGUGAUGAGAUCCUGGUGUACCAGCAGGAGAACCCUUCAGUGACUUGUGAUCAGGUGGUUCUCCUAGUCAAGGAAGUCAUCAAUAGAAGGUGUCCAGAGAUGGCCUCCAACAGCCGCACAUCCUCCACAGAAGCGGUGGCAGGCAGCGCCCCACUUUCCCAGGGAUCUUCCGGGAUUAUGGAGCUGUAUGGGUCUGACAUAGAGCCACAGCCUAGCUCUGUCAAUUUCAUGGAAAACCCUCCAGAUCUCAACGAUGCUAACCAGGCCCAGGUGGAUGUCAACGUAGACCUCGUUAGCCCAGAUAGUGGGUUGGCCACCAUUAGGAGCAGCCGCUCAUCCAAGGAGAGCUCGGUUUUCCUCAGUGAUGACAGUCCAGUGGGAGAAAGUGCUGGGCCUCACCAUAGCCUCCUCCCCGGGUUUGACUCCUACAGUCCCAUCCCAGAAGGGGCAGUAGCAGAGGAGCAUGCCCGAUCCGGAGAACACGGUGGAUCCUUUGACCUUUUCAACUUUGACCCAGCAUCCGUGGUUUCUGGGCAGUCCCAGCCGUCUUCCCAUUCUGCAGAGUACUCCCCAACAGAUGACUUCUUCCCCAACAGUGAUUCACCAGAAGGCCAGCUCCUUGCAGAGCCCAAAGGACUCAAUGGGAUGGGGAUGGUUGUGUCUGAUUACUCAUCAAAUUCUCUUUUGUCCGGGGCUGGCAAAGAGAGCCUUGUGGAAUUCAACACAGAGUAUGUCCAGAGCCAAGAAAGUCCCAGGGAUAACGCUGAAAGAAAUUUGAGCCUGACAGGUUUUGUGGGAGCUGAAUCUCCUUCACCAGAAAGUCUGAAAAAUGUUGGAAAGAGGGUGCCACCAACACCUAUGAAUAGCUUUGUAGAAAGCUCUCCAUCCACUGAAGAACCAGCUCUACUCUCUCCAGAAGAUAUGACCCCCCAAACCAUCAACCCAGGUCACACAGAGCCACCUCCAGCCCGGACACGGUGCAGCAGCUGGUGGGGUGGUUUGGAAAUUGACUCUAAAAAUAUUGCAGAUGCAUGGAGUUCCAGUGAACAGGAAUCUGUCUUCCAGAGCCCUGAGUCCUGGAAAGAUCAUAAGCCAAGCCCAGUUGAUAGGAGAGCAUCAGAUUCUAUAUUUCAACCAAAAAGUCUCGACUUCCCAAAGUCAAAUCCCUGGGAGUCAGAAUUUGAUCAGCCUGGGCUGGGCAGCACUAAUAUUCAAGACCAAUUUGAGGACAACUUGCAGUUUCAGAAUCUGCCUCAGGAGAAAUCGCAUUCGCCGCACACCUCUCCUCAGGGCACGAACCACCUGAUAGAAGACUUUGCUGCCUUGUGGCAUUCUGAUCGCUCUCCCACUGCCAUGCCUGAGCCAUGGGGAAACCCCACAGAUGAUGGUGAACCAGCUGCUGCAGCAUCAUUCCCAGCCUGGAGUGCAUUUGGUAAAGAAGAUGACGCCAAAGCUUUGAAAAAUACCUGGAAUCUGCACCCAACAAGCGGUGAGAUGCCUUCUGUGAGGGACCGGAAUGAGUGGGCCAUGGCCAAAAGCGGGUUUGCUUUCUCUUCAGAAGACCUCAUGGACAGUUCACCCAGUGAAGCAACUAAUGAAGCAAUUCCAGAAAUCUGGGGCAAGAAGAACCAUGACGCCGGGGAGGAUAUUCUUAUUUCUGGAAAUACCAGAUCUGAUCUGGAUCGUGCAUGGAAUAGUUCUAAGUCGGCAAAGGAAGAUCAGAAUGUUUUAGUGGAUCCAAAAAUUGAGGGGAAGGUAUAUGACAGUGGAGAUUCCUGGAACCUUUUUGAGGGGCGUAACAAGAAAGGAGGGUCAGAUGUCUUAGCACCAUGGGAAGAUUCCUUCUUAUAUAAGUGCACCGAUUACAGUGCAUCCAACAUCGGGGAAGACUCAGUGCCUUCCCCGUUAGAUACCAAUUACUCCACCUCUGACUCCUUUACUUCACCAACGUUUGCUGGAGAUGAAAAAGAAACCACAAACAAGCCAUUUGCUAAAGAGGGAGCUUUCGAGUCACAAGAUGCUAACUCUCCUGCAGGGGACAUGGGUGUGCCUCCUCCGUCACCACAGCAGCCCCCCAGAAAUCGAAUUAGUUCAGGUCCUGGGAACCUGGAAAUGUGGGCUUUACCUCCGGCAGGUGAUAGCUCUGAAAAAAAUGCCGCUCACAGUCCAGAUAAGGAUUUACUUAAGGUAGAGCCCACAGAGGACCAGAAUAUCUCCAUGGAGGAGGACAUCGGGGAAAGCAGCCAGUCCAGCUACGAUGACCCCAGCAUGAUGCAGCUGUACAAUGAAACAAACCGCCAGCUCACACUCCUGCACAGCAGCACCAACUCCCGCCAGGUGGCCUCUGACAGUCUUGACCUGUGGAACAGAGUGAUUCUGGAGGACACUCAGUCCACCGCGACCAUCUCAGAUCUGGACAAUGACCUGGACUGGGAUGACUGUAGUGCUGGUGUGGCAAUCACUGGCCAAGGUCAGGCACAAGGGUACAUGGCUGAAGGUACCGAACCCGAAACCCGAUUUUCAGUGAGACAGGUGGAACCCUGGGGUGUGGAGUAUCAGGAAGUACACCAGGUAGACUGGGAAGUCCCAGCCUCUUCUGAGCACAGCCUGAAUACUGCACCCAACGAAAAUCACACACUGAAUGAAAAAAGUGGGCAGCUGAUCGCGAAUAGUAUUUGGGAUUCGGUCAUGAGAGAUAAUGCCGUGUCAUCAUUAAUGUUACCGGGUCCAUCAUAUGUUACAGAUUCUGAACAAAACAAGUCGCCUCCUGAAACUUCUAGUUCAUUAGAAAAAAUUAAGGACAGUCACAUCCCAGAGGUGCUGGAAACCUCUGGAGCCGAUGAGUCUGAAACACUUGAUCCUGACAAGCAGAACACAUGCAGAGGAAGCCCGCCCAGUGAGACAGUGUAUUUGGUGACUGGGCUUGAGAGUCCAGGACAUUCUGCAAGUUCAGAUCCCUGGAGGGGUCCUCAUUAUGGACAAAAUGAAAUUGACAAAGAAGCUCAUGGAGGAGCUUCUGAUAGGGAGUGCCCCAGUGAGGAGGAGCUGGUGGAUAGAGCCUUGGAGGCUUCUGGGAAAGGGCAGGGUGGCCAGGAAUGUGCUUCCCCACCUGCAUCUGAUCAUCACGAAAUCUGUGAUGAAUCAGGCAAAAUCAGCCCUCUUUUAGUCCCUUCCAGUCCUCAGACCAAGGAACCCCAGGAGGUACUAGAGCGUGAAGAGGGGUCUUACACUCCAGACCCCUGUGUGCAUACAGAGGUGUCCACAGAUGAUCUGCCGGCAAAAGGGACCCAAGAAGAGUACCUCAUGAAUCACAGAAAUUCAGGUGAAACGACUGAAAUUGCAGGCAGGCUGAAUUCCACCAAAAAUGUAUCUUCGCUCAAAAUGGAUCUGGAGAAAACUGAAGAAUGUUAUAUUGUAGAGCCAGAGAGAUUGAACCAAGAGCCACCUCAUGGAUGUCCCCAAAGCCUUGACAUUGGGGAUGGCCCUAAAGACAAUGAUGUGCCAGUCACUUGUGCAAGUCCUGAGCUAACUGAGAGUCUUGAACUUGAGAAUACUGGAAACAGACCUCCAGGAGCCGAUUUAUCAGGAAAUUAUGACAGAGAGAGUAUCUCUAGUGAGUAUACACAUUCAAGUGCAUCCAGUCCUGAUCUAAAUGAUUCUGCAGCUGCAUUGCCUUCUUGGGACCAAGUACCCAUCACUGAGCAUCAAAAGGAGAAUCAAAAUGACUGGAGUACACAGAAUCACCAAGAAUCUGAACUCAUUACUGCUGAUGGUCAAGUUGAAAUAAUCACUGAAAUGAAUAGCCUGGAGAAAAACAGAAUGGACGGGUUUGAAAAGCGCUUAGAUCACAAGGUUCCUAAAUUUUUAGAGAUUUGGAAUGACUCAAUAGAUGGUGAUUCCUUUUCCUCUUUAUCCAGCCCCGAAACAGGCAAAUAUUCUGAAUAUUCAGAUGCCUGUCAGGAAGGAAAUCUCGUGGUUAGCCAUCAAGAGAAAAGUGAAUGUGAUUUUUCUGAAACUGUGCAGCCAGGGGAUGCCAAGUUCACUUCCACAAGCUCGAGUUCUGAUGAUGAGAGUGCAGGUGAUGAAGAGUCAGUGGAGAAAGAGAUCCAUCUGACCACUUGCCAGGUUGCUCAGAGUGAACCCCGAUCUUGGAAUUCCAUGAAUGAAUUAAAUAAGUUCUUGGCCACAGCUGAUCCUAAGUCUGAGGAAUUCCCUGCCUAUAUAGGCAGUCCAGGACCAGCAGAGAAGGAGAAUAAGUCAAACCCCUUCUGUGAUCCUCAACAAAGCAGCCCUGAGCACUGGAGUUUUUCACCACUAAAGGAGACUGAAAUUCAGGUUCCAGCGUCAGAUAAGGAGACAAGGUCUUCUCCAGAAACAGGGAGGAUGGCGGAUGUCAUGUGGCAAGUAGCUCCCAAAGCUGAACCAAGGAAUGAAAAGUACUCUAAUUUAGAAACGGUUGGCUUCUCUGCUGAGAGCACUGAGUGGUGGAAUGCCUCUAAACAGGAAGGGCAGCCGAUUGAGAGUGCCCUUGAAAGGGAAUUGUCUAACUCGAGUGCUGUGUUAGAGACGGAUUCCUUAGAAUGCCAGAACAUGGGGCCCUGGGGAGUACCCAUUCAGGGCAAUGCUGAAUCCCUGGACGUGCAUUGUACUGAUCCUUUUGGUGAUAAACAUCCAUCCCCCUUUCUGGAUGAUAAUGGAAAGAAUACCCAUGAGCAACUUUGGAACAUUCAGCCAAGGCAGCCAGACCCGGAAGCUGAUCAGCUUAGCCAGCUCGUAAUAUUAGACCAAAUGAAAGACAAGGAUUUCAGAGAGCAAACCUUCAUGUCUUCGCCUGGUGACAAACUCGCCUCUGAAAUACCUACUCAGGAGCAGUGUCAGAAUACAGUGCUGCCUGCCUGGAAUCAGCCGGACCCAACAUUUCCUCCCAUAGAUGAAAAUGAAUGCAUUAUAGCCAGUGUUUCCACAGCUGAGUGUCAAGAAACAAAUUGGUGGGAAGACGAAAAAUCGUAUCCCAGUGAAAUAACAAAUUCCAGUCUUGCCUCUGAUGAUUUCCCCAUUGUCACUUCUUCUUCCCAGUUGAUAAAGAAGCCAAGCUCUGAAUGGGCUGAAUCUAAUCCCCAUGAAGGCCCCCAAGGCACGUUCAUUCCAGAUAUUUUACAUGACAACUUCCAAGAGGAUGGACAACUGGCCUCAGCUUCACCGGACUUGUGGAUGGACGUCAAGCAAUCCUUCAGUUUGAAAACAGAGGGUGAGAAUCCUGAUAUACUGACUCACUGUGACCAUGACAGCAAUCCCCCAGCUUCCAACAGCCCUGAUGUAUGUCAUGAUUAUGAAACAAAGCCAGAGACUACGCAGCACAUCAGGGUUGGGCUGGGACCUGAAGGGGAAGCUGGUGAGUUAUAUCUCACCGAGCUGAAGAUAGAUGAAGAAUCCGGUCAGGAGCCUGGGCAGGAAUUUGCCCCACAUAAUUCAGAACCACAUUCUGCAAAUGCAAUUCCGCUGCCUCCAGCCAGUGAGCAAGCAAACAUGGAUGCUUCAUCUCAGCCUCCCUCUCACAAAGCUUCUCCUGAACCUUCCGAAAUAAAUGAUGGAAACAAUACAGGGUUAAAAGGAUCCGAAAGAAGAGCCAACUUAGAGUUGGUACCAGUUUUGGAACCUGUGGACAGAACAACGUCAGUGAUUGAAAAUGUGGGAACUGGUAUUUGUGUAACUUACCAAGAGCCGACUGUGGACAGCACUGGCUCUUGGAUGUCAGAAGGCUUUUCUUCUGAGAGGCACACAGAUGCAGGGGCCUUCUUGGACCAUGAGCAAGCUUUUGCUGCUGAGAAUCCUGCCGUGGUUGCUGAAGCUUUGCUGUCCUCAGACACUUGUCUGGAUGUAAGUGAAGCUGCCUUUGACCACAGUUUCAGUGAUGCCUCAGGUCUUAACACAUCCACAGGAACAAUAGAUGACAUGAGUAAACUGACGUUAUCAGAAGGCAAUCCCGAAACACCAUUUGAUGGGGAUGCAGGGAAGCAAGAUAUCUGUUCAUCUGAAGCCUCAUGGGGUGAUUUUGAAUAUGAUGUCAUGGGUCAAAAUAUCGAUGAAGAUUUAAUGAAAGAGCCUGAACACUUUGUCUAUGGCAGUGACCCUCCCUUGGAAGAAGAUGCUCUGAAGCAAGAGCUGGCACCUUACACACCUCCCUUUGACUUGUCCUAUCUCACAGAACCCACUGCCAGUGUCAAAACCACAGAGAAAGCUGAGACUCCAGAGGAUGAGUCCCUGGAGAGUGAAGUAGCAGAGAUACUGCUUUCUGCCCUUCCUGAUCAGAGAAGCAAGGAAAACCAUGCUGGGACCAAAACCAGACAGCCUGGAAGGCAGCUGGUUGUGCUACAUAUUCAUGAAGACCCCGAGUCCAUCUCUUCGCCUGUCCCUGUUGACACCAACACUGAGCUGUCUCCGUCAAAUUUUGACUGGGAAGUAGAAACGGAUCGCUCAGAUUCACCAGCAGGUGGAGACAUAGGACCACCAAAUGGUGCCAGCGAGAGAAUGUUAGAGGUGGAAGAAGAAAAAAUAAUUUCCGCUGAAGAGUCUGAGCAGAUAACGUCAGAAUGUGGGGAAGAAAGGUACACAGAGAAGAAUGAAGGUCAUCCUGCACCACCAAUGGAUUACAUACUUGUAAACCACGAAGAAAAUUCGCCCCCACAGCCAGAGGCCUGUGAAUCAAGAGAAAGCACAUCGCAGUUAGAAGAGCUUCACAUGGAUUCCAAAGAAACGGGGCUGCUAGCAACUCAGCUGGCAAACUUGUCAGAUACCUGUCAGCUUGCCUCCUUAAAAGAGAGAAACCAUCUUUCUGCAGAGAGACCAGCUUCCAAAGAUGGUGAGAAGUCAUCUUUUGAAAGCCCUGGGCAAGAUCAGAGCUGGAUGGUCUUGGUCCACAGUGAGGUUGGUGAAUCAUCAUCAGAAAUGAGAGACACAGGGCCUAGACAGUCUGGCCAGGCUCUGGAGCCGGCCUCUGGUCACAGCUUGGGCACAGGCCCCCAAAUGCAGGUUCUGGGAGAAAUGAAGCCUGUAGAAUCUUUAACACUAGAGGAAGCCUCUGGUCUGGGCAGCCAAUCACAGAAGAGCAAGAGCCGAGGCAGGGCUGGCCCCGAUGCAGUUAUGUUGCAGCCUGUCACCCAUGACAAUGAAUGGGAAAUGCUUUCACCACAGCCUUCUCAGAAAAACAUAAUCCCCGAAACAGAAAUCGAGGAGGAGACAGAGUUUCUUGAGCCUAGAACAAGGAAACCAAGACCAAACGGACUGUUGUCAGAGGAUGAAGGAAUGGACAUCCCCUUUGAGGAGGGAAUGCUGAGUCCCACUGCUGCAGACAUGAGGCCUGAACCUCCUAAUUCUCUGGAUCUUAAUGACUCCCAUCCUCGGAGAAUCAAACUCACAGCCCCCAAUAUCAAUCUGUCUCUGGACCAAAGUGAAGGGUCUGUUCUCUCUGAUGAUAACUUGGACAGUCCAGAUGAAAUUGAUAUCAAUGUGGAUGAACUUGAUACCCCUGAUGAGGCAGAUUCUUUUGAGUACACUGGGCAUGAGGAUCCUACAGCCAACAGAGAUUCUGGCCAAGAGUCAGAGUCUAUUCCAGAAUACACGGCGGAAGAGGAGCGGGAGGACAACCGGUUGUGGAGGACCGUGGUGAUUGGAGAACAAGAGCAGCGGAUUGAUAUGAAGGUCAUCGAGCCGUACAAGAAAGUCAUUUCUCAUGGAGGAGACUCAGGAUACUAUGGGGACGGCCUAAAUGCCAUCAUUGUGUUUGCUGCCUGUUUUCUGCCAGACAGCAGUCGGGCGGAUUACCACUAUGUCAUGGAAAAUCUUUUCUUAUAUGUAAUAAGUACUUUAGAGCUGAUGGUAGCUGAAGACUAUAUGAUUGUGUACUUGAAUGGUGCAACCCCAAGACGGAAAAUGCCAGGUCUGGGCUGGAUGAAGAAAUGCUACCAGAUGAUUGACAGACGGUUGCGGAAGAAUUUAAAAUCAUUCAUCAUUGUUCAUCCAUCUUGGUUCAUCAGAACAAUCCUUGCAGUUACACGACCUUUUAUAAGUUCAAAAUUCAGCAGUAAAAUUAAAUAUGUCAGUAGCUUAUCAGAACUCAGUGGGCUGAUCCCAAUGGAUUGCAUCCAUAUUCCAGAGAGCAUCAUCAAGUAUGAUGAAGAGAGAGCUUAUAAAAGAAGUGUGAGUAUUCAUCUGAAGCUGAAAGAAAAGCCCUAGGUGGCCAUGGCUGGACGAAGAUGCUUCUCUGCUUCAUGGUUCUGUUUAAACAUAUCUACCUGGAAGAGACAGGGCUGAUGGUACUUUUUUUCCACUUUGCACUACCUGGUGCCAUUCUAAAUUUCUAAGGGGAAAAACAGUAAGAGAAUUUGUUUACACUUAACAUGUUUUGUGAAACUGUGUAUAUUUUGCUAUUUUGCCAAUGAUGUGCCUCAGAGAUUUCAGUUGAACUUUAGCAAGAAAAUAGGACCUUCCAUUUCAAUAUUUCCUUAACCCUUGGUGGUGCAGUGGUAUUUUGUUUCUUAGACUGGUGUUGACCACUAAGCUAACUUCAGUCCACUCAACAUUGGAUGUGGAUUUGUUUCCAUAGAUUAGCUGGAUUUGUCCUCAGUGAUCAACUUAGAUUUAAAAUACAUAGGGCUCAACUCUCCCUAGGAAAGCUGACCACAUAUAACUCCACCUUUAAGAUCCUAAGCUUGCUUAAGAUAGCCAUGAACUAGACACAGAUGUGACACCACCAUCAGCCAAGUGCCCACUUGUUUCCUGUCCACAUGAAUCACCUCUAAUGUCUCUAAAGGAAGCCAGGCUUCCUAAUUCACAUUAAUUUUUUAGCUAGCAAACGGGGCGUCAUGUUUUCUGUGAAUUGGUCUUUUUAAAAAUCAUUUCUCCAAUGGAUGUUGAAGAUAUCCACACUGAAAAACUUAAGGAACAAUGUCCUUAUUUUUGGUAGCUGUCUGUGCUUUAGGUUAUAAACUUAGUUAAAGAUUUUACAUUUUAAGUGCCAAAGCCUCAGUGUAAGAUGGCCACUCAGAAAUUCAUUAUUUGGUAAAUUCAGUUAUCUGAAUUGCUCUCUCACAUGCAUUAUAAAAAGUAAUCUGCUUUAGCCCUCUCUCAUCUAAUCACCGGCUUAAAAUUAAAUAUGAGUAUGUACUAUCAUUUGGAAAAUAGUCCCUUAUAGUCAUCAUAUGCCCUUUAAAAUACCAAUGUGACUUAGAAUCUGUUGGCCUCGGACAGAAAGAGGGGCUGGUAGAUCCAGAGCCCCCACCUGUUUCUGUAUGGCCUUCUAGUCAAGAAUGGUUUUUGUAUUUUGGGUUGAAAACAGUUUUUUGUUUUUUUUUUUUUAUUUCAUGAUGCAUGAAAAUGAUUCAAACUUCAGUCUCCAUAAAUAAGGGUUUAUUGAAACAUGGCCACAUCUCUUUGUUCACAUACUCCAAGGCUACUCUUGCACUAGAGCAGCAGAGUUGAGUAAUUGAGGCAGACCACAUGGCCCACAGAGCCUAAAAUAUUUCCUCUUUUUAUAGAAAGCAUUUGCUGAGCCCUGCACCAGCAUGUACAUCCUGGCCCCUCCCCUUUAGUAUUCAGAUAUUGGUUUCUCUUAACAGAAUGCACAAGUAGGGCUGCGAACUCCCUUACUCUUGAAAAAAGAAAAUUUUGGCAUCCAAAGUCAUUAAAAUGCAAGGAGUCCCAACCAUGAAAGCCUGGCUUGGGUUGUGUUUAUGGGACCCAAAGGGAAUCCUACUCACAGGUGUUGCUGAAGUCCCAUCCUAACUCUGGGAACUAUUCUUGGUCUCCAGUAUCACCUAUUACAAAUUAGCUAGCAAAAAUUCAAAUGUGGUCAUGAAAGGGGUGCCACCAUAGUGUUAGGGUGGUGACGACACGCGGGAGAGCCAUGGGAACACUCAGCCCUGGGUAGACACCUUUGCACAGGUGACUGAAUUUCACUCCCCUCCUUUGCUUCAUAUCCAUCCCCCGCCCACCUUCCAGACACGCUCUCAUACACACAGGUCAGCUGUCUUCCCUCUAUAAGCCACAAUUUUCUCUGCUCCCCCCGGGGUCUCUUUCGACUUAGUAUCCUGGUAAGCCAUUCUUGUUGGGUCUUCUUCCUCAUAACAUCUGGGUUGUCUGAGAGAAAACCCCUGGAGCACGUCCUCUGCCACAGCCCACCUCCACCUUUGGCAGCCUACAUCAUGCCUCUCCCAGGACUUAGCGUUGCCCUAAGCACAAUGACCCGAUUUUCCACUGUGUUUACCCAGUUGGUUCACUGUUGCCCUAGCACAAUUAUUAACAAUGCUUGCUAUGGCUCAGACAUGUCCCAUUUUGGAAGAUGAAUGAUAUGGGCUCCUAGACACAGUAAGUAAUAAAGAAUCCAGUGUUGAGCUUAGCACUGCAAACCUGAGGACAUAGAGCUGUCCAUAAAGGGCUCUUGUCAUAGGUCAACGACACGACCAAUCUCAUCAUUCACAUCUUUGAACUUGUCCAGCCUGUUCAUGGGAGGCUGCUCUGGUUACAGGUAUGCUGUUUGAACCUUCAUCUUCCUACAUGGAAAUGAUGAGCAUCUUUCCCAGUCAAUGAUUUUGUUUGGGCUGUUCUAUGGGCUGUAUAACCGUUCUGACAGUUAGGCAUCUGCUAUCUUAUUAUCUUAAAUAGACAAAUUAAUUUAAUUGCACUUGCUAGAUAAAAGCCUCCAUGUAAAUUCAAACCAAAUAAAUAGAAUCCUAGAAGAAUCCUGAAAGAACAUCCCUCAGCAGAUAGGUAGACAGAUGUAAACAUCCACAUCAUUAGCUAUCUAGCUCUUGCAUUCAGAGCAUUCUUGCUUUGGUUCUGACUUCUGGGAAUUAUUUGCACUUUUCCUAUAGAUUCGGAGUAAAGGGAACCAAGGGGGUCAUUGGGGCAAACAUAUUGUUUUCCCAAAGUGGCAACUGCUAUUCAUUUAGCUCCUUGAUCAGGAGAAAGAACAAAAAUCUGGACAGGGAGUAAGAAAGUUUGUUUGAAGACAAUGGCUGGGGGUGGAAGAAAACCCAGAAGUUCCUUUUGAAGCCAUACAGUGUUUUAGGGGGUUAAUCUUCUAAGACAUGCUCUGACCUAUGUGGAGAAGUCACUAUUCCAAGACUUUGUGUUACUAAGGUCUCAUUUUAAGUGUUCAGUUAUGGUCCUAUGUUUGCAGUCUUCAUCUAGUCACAAUGCCUCUGUAGUUUGCUCCCUUAGAAACAUUUAGAUGUGCACAAAUUAAUCUUUUAUAUGUUUAAAGGAUUUUUCUACUGUGUAUUGGAUUGCUCAGAAUAAAGUAUCUAUUAGACCUUUGUUUUAGUAAAUAAAUCAAUAAAUUCUACCUAAAUAGUGUGAAUACUAUAAAAAAUAUGUAACAACACAAUAUAUUUAAGUAUAUAUAGCCUCUCUGUAUAAUUCAGAAAUAAAAAUUAAUUCCACAA